AUGAAAAAGGCCACUACUUUCCUUACGACAUGGUGUCUACUGCUUCUGUCCGUUUCCAUGACAACAGCUCAGGGGCAACAGCAGAGCGUAUUCACACCGCCAGACAUUGCUAUUCAAAAUCAAGUGUUUGAACUUAGUCAAGAUUUAUUUGGAACCAAUUCUGUUGAAAAAUCUUGCAGUAGUUGUAUAUCUCUAUUACAUAUCCUUAAGAAAAUGUCAUAUAUGCCUGAAGGAUUUCUUGUAACCACAUUGACAAGAGCAUGCAAAAAGCUGAAUAAAGUGGAUGACGAAGUUUGCGAAGGAGUUAUCCGAGAGCAAGCACCCAUUAUCCGCAAAAUAUUGCCAUCAAUGACCAUAUCAGGAAGGGAUGGCCAUCUCAUGUGCGCAGCCAUUCUUAAUUCCUGCCCCUAUCCAGAGGUAGAAGAGUGGAAUGUUGAGUUCCCUAAACCCAAACCUACCAUUUCACAUGGAUAUGGUCCCGAAUCAGAGGGUCAAACUUUUACAGUACUGCAAUUAAGUGAUUGGCAUAUUGAUCCAGACUAUCAAGCUGGCACCGAAGUAUUCUGCGAUAAGCCCAUCUGCUGCAGAACGGCCUACACUGAUUUUGCCAAUGUAACCAAGUCAUCGUCCAUUUGGGGCGAAUACACUUGCGAUACACCGCUAGCACUGAUUCAGUCCUUAUUAGAAUACAUUCCAACAGUAGAGCCCAAUAUAAAGUUUGGUAUCAUGACAGGUGAUGUCCCCCCUCAUGAGGUUUGGAACACCUUACCCGUUUUGAAGACACAAUUGAUCCAAGAUGAAACGUAUCGUUUGCUGCAUGACUACUUUGACUCUCCCUUCUUGCUCAACUCCAUGCUGUAUCCUGCUGUGGGUAAUCAUGAAGCUGCGCCCACCAACAACUUUCCUCUCAAGGGCUCCAAUAUACCGCAGGAAAUCCAUCGUCAUUUUUACAAUAUGAAAUGGCUGUAUAAGAGCUUGGCUCUCAGUUGGAGAGGCUGGCUGUCACCUCGAACAAACCCCUUUGUAGAGUCCAAUACAGGAAGUUAUGCCGUACGACCUGUCAAGGGCCUGAAAUUGAUUAGUUUGAACACAAACUUUUGCUACAUUUUGAACUGGUGGUUAUAUGAGCAUCCUAUUGAAAAAGACCCUAACGGUGUACUGUCUUGGCUGAUCAAUGAGUUGCAGGACUCUGAAGACAGAAAUGAGAGAGCUUGGAUUAUUGGACAUAUCGCACCGGGAGACAAUACUUGCUUCCAUGACUAUUCAAACUAUUACUAUCAAAUAAUAGAUAGAUAUUCUCAUGUCAUUGCAGCACAAUUCUUUGGACACACUCACAAGGAUGAGAUGACCAUUUUCUAUGGUCAUAACAAGAACCAAACUGCCAAAGAAGCCAUCAAUGUCGGUUACAUUGCGCCAUCCAUCACACCGUACCUUAAUGUCAAUCCUGGAUUCCGUGUCUAUAAGAUUGACACAAAGACGUUUGAAGUAGUCGAUUCGAUUACUUACACGGCUGAUCUAGAUCAAGCAGAAUCAUGGACGGACGGACCUAACUGGCACAUUGAGUAUUCGGCCAGAGAAGCAUUCAAUUCAAGCAGAGCUAAAUUAGCCACACCCACAUCCCCACUCACAGCUUCAUGGUGGCACAAUGUUACUAUGGAUAUGGAAGACGAUCAAGAAACAUUUGACAAAUACAACAGAUUUAGUUGGAAGUCAUCUCCACUUGCCAAAGAAUGCGAUGAAGAAUGCAAAAAGAACACUAUUUGCGGCAUUCGAGCUGGAAAAUCCGAGCUUCGAUGCGAUUAUGAAUCUGAUGUGUUUAUGGGAGAGAGAUACAAGCCAAAGUCUCAUGAUUGUGCCAUGAAUCUGUUGGGUAUCAAUGCUCGCUUGAAUCAAUAA